AUGCGCACCCCUGUUGGCAUCAACGAUAUCCACUGCCCGCACGGCCACUCCCACGAGGUGCUGCUGAGGACCACGGCGAAGCAGCAGAGGACGACGCUGGUGGACGAGCUCCAGGAACGCCUGGGGUGCUCGACGGCGAAGGGGCCUUCCAAGCCCAUCCCCAACAAGACGUCGACCCGAGCAUCGCUGCCUCCCAUUGCAGAGGAGGAAGAGGAAUUCGCGACUGAGGAGGACGAGGUUGGGGAGGGCGCGUCGAGCAAAGGUGGACGGAGGGCGGAGAGAGAACCUGUGGAUGGAGGACCAGGUUUCAACCUUGGCACGACGGCAGCCCCAGGGCCCGCGGGGGCGCCCGCGCGCGUAAAGCUGGCGGGCCCGCCGGCCGCGCCCCAGGAGUCGGGCGCGGGCGACGCUGGCGAUGGCGCCCCCUCGAGCAGGGAGAGCGCGAGCGUCGCCCCAUCUACCACGUCGACCGGCACGGCCGAUGUGGGCGGCGGCGAGGACGACCGCCGCAGCAGCAGCGGCCGCGGUAGCGGCGGCAGCGGCAGCGACAGCAGCAGCGGCGGCAGCAGCGGCGAUGACGGCGGCAGCAACAGCAGCAGCGGCAGCGGCAGCGAGACGGAUCUCCCAGCGAAAGGUGGGCCAGAGAAUCGGCGGCUCGCCCGCUUCGACAAGCCGGCGGAACUAACCAGCCGCUGUACCAGGGAGAACCCUCGCCGAAACCCGAGCAUGGAGGAGUUCACCAGCUGGAUGUUCUCGGCGGCACUUCACGUGGCGGAAGGGCUAGAGGCGAGGGCGGUGCGAGAGUUGCUGUUCGAGCGCGCGGAAGAGGCCCACGCUGCGCGCCAAGCGGCGGAGGACUUCCUGCUGGGUGCGGUGGACCUCAUGCCCAACUCGCCAGACGCCCUCGAGACGGCUCUGGCGUCCCACCAGCUAAGUGAAUCCCCCAUAGGACCGAAGCGAGAUGACGAGAAGGGAGGGGAAUGGCCGGUGAGGGAGGCCAUCGGCAGCAUGAUGUGGGUGUCAACGUUCUCGCGUCCAGACGUUUCGUUCGCCGUGCGCGCGGUAGUGCGCCACGCCCACGCCCCGGCAAAGAGGCACUGGGAUACCAUCCAGAAGAUCCUCGGCUACUUGAAAGGGACGAGGGACCUCGGCAUCACCUACCAACGGUGA